CGCGGCGCGCACACCUGCACCCUGCCCACCCUGCUCCCGGGACAGGCCCUGGAGACCGUGAUGUGACCCCUGGCCGUCCAAAGUGCCAACGUUCAGCGCCGCCCCCGUCGCCACCGGCCGCCCCGUCGCCAGGGCAGGAGCUAUGACGGCUCGAGGCGAGGCCGCCGUCCAGCUCUCCAGGCUCCUGCUGCUGCACCUGCUGGUCCUCGCCCUCCUCCACGUGCUGCAGCCUGCAGCCGCCCGCCAUGGCAGCGCCGCAUCCGCCGUCGCCUCUGAGAAGCGCGCCGCCCCCGCCGCUAUGGACGUCCCGAGAGGACAUUCCGUUCACGCGAGAGACCUGUCCGACCCGAAGGACACGUCCGUCAGUCAAGACGACGGUCCGCGACGCCGGCAGCAGUGGGACUUCGUGGGCCCCUCGCUGCUCCUGGGCGGCACCCUGGCCGCGCUCAUGCUGGCCGCCAUCGGCCACCUCGCCAGCAAGGCGCUGCUGGCCUCCAUGCUGUCCGCCGCGCUGUCCGCAGUGCAGCUGGCGCGCCCGCCGCCCCCCAACCGCCCCGGCUAGCCCGCCCUGGCUAGCCCGCCCGCCCGUCUGUCUGUCUGCCUCGGAACCACACCUUGCAACUCUGUUCGGUCUACCCUGUGAUAUUGACGCGUGGUUAGGUUUUGAAAUUUAGUUGAAAUUUUCAGGGACGUGAGGUGACUUGAGUAGGCACGACAAGUGGAGGUUGAAGAAUUCAUUAUAAUUAUUAUUAAAAUAUUUUACAAUCAAGUGUGCUGGUCGAAAGUUUAACGCCGUCCGUUCUUCUUGGGUUUGAAAGAUGACCGUUUCACUCCCGCAGGCUUGCCCUUUCCCUUCUUGCUUCCCUUCCCAGGUCCCUUUCUCCCAAAACCUUUCAUGGACCGGUCUCUCUUUGCUUCCCAGUCCAAUUGCUUGAAAGCUAGAAAAGAGAAAAAUUGGUAAGAAAGAGCUUACU